AUGGCUUUCGAUCCCUAUAAUAAAGGAGGUUUUGGGUCAGGUUUUAGCGGAACCUUUUCUCCAGGAACGGGAGGAGGUGGAUUCAAUGACUAUGAUCCAUCCAGUCAACCUAGUGUUGAUAGACAACAAGGAAUUGGGAAUAAGCUCCGUCCUGUAACUAUUAAGCAAAUAUUGGAUGCUACGCAAGUCCAUGCUGAUGCAGAGUUCAAGAUAGACGGAGUCGAAGUUGGUCAAGUAACCUUUGUAGGCGUCUUGAGAAACAUUCACCAACAAACGACAAACACAACUUAUCAAAUUGAGGAUGGCACAGGCAUGAUUGAAGUACGGCAUUGGGAGCACAUUGAUGCUCUCUCAGAACUGGCUACCGAUACGUAUGUUCGUGUAUACGGAAACAUCAAGGUGUUUUCCGGAAAAAUAUAUAUUGCAUCCCAAUACAUUCGAAAUAUAAAAGAUCAUAAUGAGAUUCAUUAUCACUUUUUGGAAGUCAUAGGCGUUCACAUACACUUUACCCAGAAACCCCAGUUGACUGGUAACGCCGCUUCUGCUUUCGGUAAUUCCCUUCCUAAUGCUGCUUCUGCUCCCGCUGCCAAUUCUCUCGAGCAGAAACUGGCAGAAUACUCUUUAACCCCUACACAAAUAAUCGUUAUGCAAGCUAUACAUAAUGCUCCUGAUACCAAUGAAGGUGUGCAUGCUCGACAACUUGCUCAAAGCGUUGGUCCUGGCAUUGAUCUUACCGCUGUCACCGACUUCCUACAGCAAGAAGGCAUUAUUUACACAACAAUUGACGAAAACCACUUUAAGAGCGUCCUGCAAGAUCAGUGA